AAACGAACCUUUUUCUUUCCUUUUUUCUUUUUCUCUCUAUCUAUUUCUUCUGCAGUGUCAGGUCGCACAGUCACCCUUCUUCAAAGACUAGGGACUCCUCCAUGGUUCCCCUGGCCUUCCUCGCGCGGCUCUUGCUUCUGCUAGCCAUCGUCAACACGGGUACACUUGCUAGGAGAGGUGGGGGUGAUCAUGAUGGCGACGGCGACAGCGACAGCGACGGUAGCAGUUCUAGCGACGAAGGAGGAAGCAGUGGAGGCGACGAUAGUUCCAGCUCAUCUGGUUGUGGAUCAGAAACCCCAAGCAGCGGUCUUGGAAUAAAUGACUUAGUCCCCAGCAUUUCCAGCAAUUGGACCUCCCAAAGCGGUGCAAGAGCCGUCCCCAAUCCAACAAUAUACGAUGGCUCAUACUUCCGAGGAGAAGCACAUCUGUCCUACAACAUGACGACUGGACCCGAGUGUCAGAAAUUAAAAGAGCUGCGAUUGCUCGGGUAUGCAUGGAUCGGUCCACUACCGCCUUAUCCAAAGGGAGCGCAGAACCCAUUUGCUAUUGGGUUCAAGGCAUGGCAAUCUAAUGCGGCUGUGAGCGAGAUUCACACUUCCUAUCCAAAAAUCAGGUGGGAGGGAGAUAUGUGCGCCUCGGAGCCGGAUCUCUUCCGCAUUACCACUACCACGGGUUCAGUGUCUCGGACUAGUGCUUGGGAUAUUAUGACCCUCGAUGUGUCUGCGGACUCGGCCAUAUCUGAUGCAGUUCAGUUUAACGCCACCACUAUCCAGGACCUAAGUGAUCCAAUCAGUCAAUACGACGCGAUGUUCCGUCUGCGCGAGGGCACCUGUCUUCGAGAGGACACGGAGAUGCAUUGGCCGGAUACGACAGUCAUGGAAGGUUCUGUCACGAACACGACGAUCAAUCUCAAGUUCUCAGGCUCGGUCGACGAGAAUUCAACCCAGCUCUAUGUUGGGAUGGACAAAGACUUGAAGGUGAACUUUACAGUUACCUUUUCCGGGCAGUUUGAUAGUGUCAAUUCCACCCAUGCCCUGGAAGUUGAGAAAGGCAAUAACACUCUUACGUGGGUAGCGAAUGAUGCUCCGACGAUUGGAACAAGUGGUUGGGUAGGUAGAUUGGUGUGGAUUAUUGGUGUUCAGACGGUGAUUUGGAGUCUGUGGUGACUAUAAAUGCACAGAGAAGGUUUUUCUACACGAUGUUAUGCGAGCUUCAUGUCACAUCAAACCGCUAAUAAGCCUAAUGAUAGAUUCUGAAAUUCUGUUUUGCCUGUUUUCAUGGAUGAUUGCCUUUAGUGCUCGGAAA